AUGGCAACUGAUCCAGGCCAACAGAUGGAGAGUCUAGUGGAUGAGGCUUUGAAGCACAGUAACUUUAAGGGCCUGGAACAUUUCUUACUAGAGGAGACCAGCGAGGGUAGAACGUCUAAAUGCUCCAACAAGUUCAUUUCCAAACUGGACAAACUGAUCAACAGGGAGCUGGAUCACAGGAAUGUGAAGAAUGCUUCUGUGGUAUUUACCAUUCUACACAAGUGGGGGGACACACUGGUCUUUCCGGUGGGUGAAGGUAUAUCUGCAAUGGUGUCACAAGGUCUUGUCAGAAAGAUGGUGCAGUGGUUUGAAAGAGUCAGAAAGUUAUGGAUUGAAGCUGGACUAGUGAGGAGUGAGGUGAUGUUAAACCUAGCAGAAGACUUCUUUGAUGCACUCAUGGCUGUUCAUGAAAGUUGUAAAGAGGGUACAUACCAGAUAACAGAAUCCCUUCUCCAUCACAUUGGCAAGUUGGCGUCUGAUGCCCAUGUUAAUAUUCUGAUCCAAAAAGAGGCGGUCAGGAAGCUGAAUGUGGUACUUGGAAAGAUCCCAGUAGAACUGAAGAAAGAGAAGAAGAUCUUGUCAUCCCAAGAGGCCUCAACUGUGAUGGAUGAUUUGGCUAGUCGAAUACUCAAAGGAGGCGAUUAUGAUCUCCAGGUGGCUUUAAUGGAGGCUCUGUGUAGAAUGAGUUCACGUGCCCAGCGGAGGGAGCUGGCCGACCACUGGUUCAGCAUGGAGUUUGUUGCGACUGCAUUUAGAAACAUUCAGGAUUCAGAGUUUGAGACUGAUUGUCGGAAAUUUUUAAAUCUAGUAAAUGGGAUGCAAGGUGAUGGACGAAGCGUGUAUUCCUACCCUUGUCUGGAGGUGUUUCUGGACAAGUGUGCGCUGCUAAUGCCUGUGGAUGAGAACCUGAAGGAAUUCUGGAUUGAUUUCAACCUCGGAAGCCAAAGCAUCUCCUUCUACUUCUGUCUAUCUGAGGAUCAGGCCCAGGUACUUGGACAGUGGGACACCCUCUGCAUCGCAGAAAAUGAGAUCCACAGUUACACAGUGGAAGAGGAGAAAGAUGUGAAGGUGCUGCAGCUGGUUCUGACUGAGCCAGUGUGUGUGAGCAAUAUUGAGGGCUCUAAACUCGCUAUCCACUUCAGCUCCUCUUUAGACAUUCUCCAGGCCACAAAGAAAGUCUACGGCGAGGCCAAGAAUAAAAAGUUCGUUGGGAAGACCACCACAUCUGUGGUUAAAACCACAGUUCAGAUCAUUCUGGAUGAAGGAUGCUCACAGGUUCUCUUUCCUGAGAGCCAGGCAUCUUCUGAGCCCAUGGAGAAAACAGUGCCUACAUCAGUGAGGAACAGCACACCUUUUCAGCCUUUGCCUUAUCAUGAGAAAGAUGCUCAACGUAAACAGCAAACAUUAACCCCUCUGAGGAGUAAGGUGUCUGAGUCAUGUAUGUAUGUCUCUGGUAGUGCAGGGUGUAAGCUGGGAAGAAGCCCUUUCAGCUGUGUGAUGCCUGCUACUACUCCAGUUGGGAAGACGAAGGUAAGGCCAGCUCUAGAGAUGGUGGCCUCCUCAGGGAGGAAGAAAGACGCUGAGCUGAGAGAUCUCCUGUUGGCUAGAUCAUUGCACAGGGUGCCAUCAUUUAGUGAGGAAAAGGAAAACAUUAAAAAACAGGUCUUUUCUCCUCUACAGAGUGCAGAUGUACCACAGGACAGGAAAGACCGUCAAGAAGCAGAGCGAUAUCGCAGACACAUUCCUGUAGACAAAGUACUGGAGAUGGUGCAUGCUGAUCAAGAGCUUGAAGAACAGCCUUUAGACAGCAGUAUAGUUCCAGACUCCCAGCCUGCUGUCAGAAAAGAAACAUCCAUAUUACCAGGUCUCAACCAUUUUGCCAAAAACAAGAGAAUUUCUGUAUCUAGAUCACUGUUGCCCUGUCAAAAGGAAUUACCACAGUCCAAGUCAGUGCUUAUUGCUCCAGCACCUCUCAGCACUGAGCUGCCACUGCAACCGUCCUCAGCCCAACACAGUUCUGGGGUCCUCACCCACAAGGAGCUGCAUGCUCAGCUCACUCAGAGACUGGAGCAGGUGCUGAGGGAACAGGAGCAGCAGGGGGAGCCCUCUGCCACAGUUCAGAAGAGAAAAUCCUCAGUGGGGCAUGCCAUGUUAGAGCCUGGGGGUCCCGAGAAGGGGACUGGGCCUGUGACAGAGUCUCAGAGGCCCACACCAGCUAAACCCGCUCCCAGUAGGCAGGCAACGAGCAAUGUGGAUGACAGAAAUAAGACAGCAAAAGCUGCAGACAGCAUGGUGAAGCAGAUAUCUAGCCGCUAUAAGAGCACUGACUUUAUUAAAGCAGCACCAGAGAUGGCCUCUCAGUUUAACAUUGCACCGACUAACAGAUACCUUUUCAACAGGAGUUGGUAUGCAGCGUCGGCUGCAAAGCUAGCUGAUAAGUCUGAAUUUCUGAAGUCAUGCAGUCAAUCCAAGAAAUCACCAAAUCAGCAUGAGGAUGUUUUUGAGUUCAGUGCGGACGUACCAGAACUCAGUGGGAAGAAAUAUAGGAAGUCUUCUGAGAUGCCCAGAAUUGAAAGCAGCAAUUCCCCGACUCUUUCCAACUCUGCUAAGAAGUGCCCUCCCGCAAAGCCUACUGGUCGUAAUGUGAAGAAGCACCUCUUCAGUGACACUGAUACAGAGAAUAUGACAGAUGUUAGCUGGCUAAAAUCAGCAAACAGGAGGCCCAAGCCUAAAGUGGCAGACUAUACCCGGCAGCCAGUUAAGCCAAGUCUUCCACCUGCAGACACCACAUUUGAGACUCCGAACAUACCUGUGCCUUCAACAAAGGCUGCUAAAGUGCUGCCCAAACCAAAGAGGAAGAGACAGAAGAAGGUGGUGGAACAGAAGAAUAAGACAAACCAGGACGUUGCCAGCAGGAAGCCCACAGGCAGACCCCAAAGAACUGCAGCUCAGACCAGAUCCUACAGAGAGCCAUCAGACUCUGGGAGUGAGUCUGAGACUGAUGAACCACCUCCAGCCAAGAAGUUGAUCAUUAAACAGACAGAGAAGCCUCUGAGGAGAGAUGUUCAGGCAGGAGGACAAGCAGAGAAUAAAGAUAAGACUUCAUCUAAAGCUGCACUUGAACAAACUGUAAGAGAAAACAAUCAAGCAAAGUCAAAGGCUAGUCAAAAGGUUAUGCAAGAGAAAACUGAGAGAGGGCUGCCUAGUCCUGAGCAGUACAAGAAAAAGAAGAAGCCACCGACUUCCAUGGAAUCCACUAAAAGACAAAAAGAAUCUUGGGCCUCCAAAAUUGCUUCUUUCUGCACUUCCCCUCCUUCCACCAAUAAAAUGAGAUCUGGAGAAGAGAGUGCAGUCUUGCCCAGAUCUCCCCUCACACCCCCGGAUCCUCUAUUGAGUAAGUUGGUUGUCAGACAGCCAGAGAACACACAGAAGAAAGCUUCAGUUCAGGCCACAAGACAAGCAGAAAAGAAGGAAAAGGUGCUUUCUGAUGUGAUGGACCAACCUGACAAACAGAAGAAACAACAAAGAGAAACCAUCAUGCACUCAGACGCAGACCAUAAAUUGAUGCAGAAGAAAGUUGGGAAAUUAUCAAGUCAUGAGCAGUCAAAGAGCAAGAAGACUCCAGCUCCUCAGGAAUCAGCAAAAGAAGAUAGAGAAUCUUGGGUUACCAAACUCGCCUCUCUAUGCCCUUCCCCUUUCUCUGUUGAGAAGAUGAGAUCUGCAGAGAGGAGUGCAGCUUUAACGAGAUCUCCUAUUACACCUCUCCGGCUUCCUUCAUUCUCUCCUGUUGCUGCUGUCUCUCCCCCCUUGGAACCGCCUGACCAUCUCCAAGGAAUCCAAGCUUCGUCCUUCUAUAGGACUUCAGUAGGACAGAACAGCGUCAACCUUCCCCUUCCCCCUCCUGUAACCCCUAAUGCUAAGAAGCAAAAUGCUCCAGGGGAUGCUGAACUGAGUCCGAUGCCCUCCAUGGCCCAGCCCCUCAUUGCCUCCACAGGUAGGGAGACGCUUGCCCGCUCUUCACUGCUCAAUUCUCCAGACUUAGAGGAGGAUCUUAGGGGCUUUUUGAAUGAUGCCAGCCACAGAGGCCUGCAUGCAUCCUUCGACAAGGAAUCUGUAAUCUCCUUGGUGACAUUGAGCCAGUCUUCACACAGAUCUGUGAACAACAUAGCUAUGAUCUGCACCAACCUAGAGAAAACACCUGAAUGUACCCUAGGAAUUAAGACUGAAAAGGCAGAAUUUCUGUCAGGUCCAGCAUCCCAUCGGAAACGGCACAGCUCAUGCAAGUCUGCUAGUUUGUCAGAGAUAGAGGACAGUGAAGAGGAGGAAGAGGGGGAAGCUAAGGUUGUGCCCAGUGAACUAGCCAUCAAAAUGAGGCCAAGAAAGCUGUUCAAGCCUAAUGACAAGCCAUGGCAUAAGAAAAAAGUUGAUCAGAGCAGCUCUGAGGAGGAGGAGAAAAAUGAAUCGGAGAUAAGGAGAAGACCCACAGGUGUAACCAAGAAAAGCUCCCACACCCCCCAAAGUAGAAGUCCUAGUGCAACAGUUGAAGAUGUGGAGAUGUGCUCCACAGUGUUGUCUAAUGUGGUGUCAAGCUGUUGGGAAGCAGGUGUGGAGGCAGAUAUAGAUCUGCCACGGUCUGAAAUCAGCACCUCACAGGAGAUGGGCUUUGUCUGCCGCCAGUUCAGCACUGAACUCAAAAGGAAGUUUGAGAACCGCUCCAGGAGAAUGGAUCUCUUCACAAAGCAGUCCCUAAAGGCCUUUAAGCAACAUGUGUCCUCCAUCAGCAUGCAAGUGCAUAAGUACAGGUCUCAGAGUCUGGAGAAGGUUAAAGGAGUUCUGAUGGAUGAAAUUAAAAACUUGGAGCAAGAUGACACUGCUCUUCGCACCAUGGAGGAGGAGCUGGCCAGCUACUGGAAGAAGCAAGUCCUGGCCUUCCAUGCCUACCAGGAGAGGGGAACCCGAAGAUUACACAACUUAAAAAGUGCCAUUGAGACUAAUGUGCUUCAUAGCUUGGAGUUUGAGGAGCAGAUCUUCUCCUCACAGAUGUGUUUGAUGAAGAAAGACAUAAAGUCUGUUCAGGACCGCUUAUUCAAACAGAUGCAAGAGGAAGAAUUGCUGAGUGUACGCAGAGGACUACAGACCUUGUUCCUACCAGAUGUCGCCAUGUUUUGACUUCAGAGGAAAAAGGCAACUGAAGGACUUUCGUUUAUUUACAAGUAAUUUUCAGGGCAUUUUAAAGUGUGUUCUUGUUUUUGGAUAAUAUAAUAGUAUGCUUAAUAUAAG